GCGACUAUCUUACCGGAAAAGCAUGAGAGUAGUGUUUCAAUGGAGGACGAAGAAGACAUUGAGACAAGCAGAAAGCUACAGAGAAUCUCUUCCGACAACAACGACAAAACUGAAAUGAGAGACUGGAGCAACCUGUCGUCUAGGAUCAUUAGGGUUUCACGAGCUUCCGGUGGCAAAGACCGACACAGCAAAGUCUUAACAUCAAAAGGGUUAAGAGAUCGGAGAAUACGUCUCUCCGUCGCUACAGCGAUCCAGUUCUACGAUCUCCAAGACCGUCUCGGUUUCGAUCAGCCGAGCAAAGCCGUUGAGUGGCUUAUCAACGCAGCUUCUGACUCAAUCUCCGAUUUGGAACCAAUCGAGACAAACUUCGACCAGACACUUUCGUUGUCCAAAUCCAGCACAUCUGAGAGUUCGUUGUUGUCUUUGUCGAGGACAGAGAGUCGUGGCAAAGCAAGAGAGAAAGGUUUGCAAAGCUCUUUCACUCAGCUUCUCACAACCGGUUUAGACGAACCGAACCGGAAUUGGACCGGUGGUGGUUCUUCUGAUUGUUUCAACCCGGUUCAGCUCAUACCAAGCUCUUUUGUACCGAACUACAACUUUGGAAUCUCUUCUUCUGAUUCUCCCGGAGCAGCUGGUUGUUACAGUAGUAGGGGGACCCUUCAGUCCAAUUCACAACCUCUCUUUCUCAACAACAACAUUAAUCAAAGAUCGAUAUCUUCGUCUUCUUCUUCAUCUUUUCCAAUGGAUAGUCAGAGCAUUUCCUUCUUCAUGACUCCACCUCUCGACCACCAUAACCACCAGCUUCCAGAGGCUUUUGACGGCAGGUUAUAUCUAUAUUACGGUGAAGGAAACCGGAGCUCCGACGAUAAAGGAAAGGAGAGGAGAUAG